GCUUGCUACCUGGGGAAGAAAGAAGGUGUUGGAGAAGGAAGGAAGAGAAGCGGAGGGGAAUCACAUCAGAGAGCUCCUGAAUCAGGGAAAGAGGAAGGGGAACAGGGAGGAUCAGCCACUCUCUGGUACUACCUACCCUUGGAUCACCAUCAUGACUGUUGGAGGAGUAAGGGGGAGGAAGUAGUGGAGCCAGACAUCUGAAUCUGUCUCUUCCUCUUGCAUUGCUCCGAUGAUGAGAAGGGCACUGCUUUCUCAAGUAGGACCCAGAGCUGGGAAGGGAUCCCACUGGCCAGGCUGCUCUUGAAGAGAAGCAGGAUGGACCAAUGGAAAAUCUCUGAAAAUGUGACCCAGAAAAAUAAGCCACAUCCAACUGAAAAGGCCUACAGGAUCAUCAAGGUCAUCCACACCACCCUGGCUCUUCUGGCUCUCACCCUGGCCAUCGCCCUGAUAGUUAUGACUCUUCUGCUCCAAGAACUUCGAGGGGAAAAUGAUCGACUUGAGAAGAUCCAAGCCUCUAAUGAAGUUCUGAGAGCAGAAAAUAAAAAACUCAUGAAAGAAGUACCAGAGGUUUGGGUGGUCCACAAUGGAAGUCUCUACUACUUUUCUUGUAUGGACAAGUCCUGGGAAGAUGCUGAGCAAUACUGUGUGUCACUUGGCUCCCACCUGGUCUCAGUGACUUCAGUGGAAGAGCAGCAAUUUAUUCUCAAAAAAACUAAUGGCAAUGACUAUUGGAUUGGAUUGAAUAUCCGAAGGAGCUCAGACUGGAGCUGGGUUGAUGGGACUCCUUAUGAUGAGGCCAAGAGCAAAGACUUUUGGGCAUCUGGUGAGCCAAACAACAGUGAAAAAAAUGAACAGUGUGUCCACUUUUCAAGGAACAGACUCAAAACAUGGAAUGACAAUAAAUGUUCCACAAGUUUCGGGUUCAUCUGUAAAUGGGAUUGCAAAUCAUCUGGGUUGUGUCCUUGAAUAUGAAAGCAAUCUCUGAGCUCUGCUGACACCAACAUCUGAAGAACGGACACGGAUGACAAACAUUCUUCUAUGUAUCACCCACACCUACUCUAUGGACUUCAUUUUUUACUUCUUACUUAAAGCUGAGAAUUCUGGGCCCAAUCAGCUGGGCCAAGUGAUGCCCCCAACCCAUCAAACAGCUGCACAGCCUCCUUUUCAUGCUGGGAUGAUGGCCCAGCCAUGCCAUCUACAAUCAUACCUCCAUGGAACCUCCCCCCAUACAUAUAUAUGCACACACAUGUAUGUGUACACAGAUAUGUACAUAGACACAUGUGUAUGUGUGUGUAUCUUCUUGAUCUCCCAGACUUCCCAGCUCUACCUCUUGAGCUGGGAAGGAAAUUCAGGGAGAGGGUCAGACAUGGGACUCAUAAACUGUCUUUGUCCCCUGGGUCUCGAUGACUAGUUGUGCAAAUUACAAGGUCUCAGCUCAGGAUGCCCCUGAAAUACUUAGCCCUCAAGGUUAGAAUGAGUCUCCUCUCCCUGUCAAUCAAACAUUGAUUACAUUUCUACCCUAUGCUGGGCUCUGUGCUCAUUCAUCACCGGGGAUGCAAAGACUGAAGGGAAAUAGACCUGCUUCAUCCUAAAAGGAGGUGCAGCAAAAACAGGUUAAAAUACAUACCGCAUAAUUAGGCAAUGAAGUGAUACACUCAUAUACUGAGUCGCUAAAUACAAGCUGUUUUUUGAGGAAGGUAAAGGGGAUCAGGAUGAUUCUGUAUAAAGAUGAACCCAUGGGAGCUGAUGAAAUCUCUGAGGAUUUAAGAAGCUAGGAGAGACAACACUGGGCUGGAAGACUGGAGAGAACAGUGUCUGGUCCCACCAGAGAUAGUGUGGUAAGCUAGACACAGCCCCAGGCUUUACAUGAGAAAACAGGUUCAAGUCAGCUUUACCAAUUGACCCAAUGGUUUCAUUUUUGGAGUCACUUGGCUUAUCCACCAUAUUUUAACAGCUCUUCUAGGAACCCUACCCAGUGACAUCCUUAGAUAACAGAUUUCAUUAGAGCAGCUGUCAAAGUAUUUGGGAAUCUGGACAGAGCCUGAUUUGAUAGUCCCUGCUUUUACAGGAGGCAAUAUUACAUGGUAGUUAACAUGCUAGAAAUCUGGGCUGGAGUCCCUCCCCAGAAACUUGCUAACUGUGGGACCCUGAGCACAUCCAGCCUCAGCCUCAGUCUGCAUAUCUGUAAAAUGGAGAUAAUCACACCUGCCACCUGUAUAGCUCUUUAUAUCUUUUUUUUUUAUCACUCCUGAUUCCAAUGGACAAUUCUUGGUUCUCUCUAGAGGAAUUAAGCAGUUUGAAAAGGAUGGCCACAGGCUCCUUUAUUCCCCUCUUCCUUUUGACUGUUCACAGCAUGGAAUUCAUCUGCAGCUUCCUCAUCUGAUAGAAGGGAAAUGAACACAGAGGAGAAAGGGGGGGGGGUCCCUAGGACCUCUGCAGUGGAAGCAACUUCAUUGGCCUCUAGUCUAUCCUGGUCCAGAAUAGAGUUUCAUGGCAUCUCUCUGUAGGGUAGGGGCUGUGUUCUUGGAAACUGCACAUGCAUAGGUAUGGCAACCUUACAAGGGACAAUGGGGAAGCUCAGUGAACGUAUAAAAGAACCAUCUGUGAUGACCCAGGUUCACCAAACUUUGUGAUCCCAUGGUUCUGAAUCUUUAUGUUCUUAUCCUAGGAUCCAUCCAGAGACCAGCUCAGCACACAGGUUAUUCCUUAAUGUAUAAUUUCUGGUAAUAUUAAGGGGACAUCUGCUUUUGUAGUCACUGAUUUGUGUAGCAUUUACAAAUGAGAGCAGUGAGCCCUUCUUGGCAAAACUUCAGCACUUUUGCUGUCAACACCAAAGGGCUCAUUUUUUUUAACUCAUAAGAAAAGUGAAAUAAAAAAUAAUGUAGCAGGUGAAAUGGUCUGAUGAGGGAAGGUGGCACAAGUAUGACCAUAGGAACAAGGAAGGGUUCAGAAUAGCCACUGAUGGGACCAUGAGAGAGAUCAUAUUAUCAUAGAGUUAGUGCUAGAAGACACCUCAGGGGCCAUCCCAUUCGAAGCCCUCAUUUAAGGGAUAGAAUAUCAGUGUAACUAAGUGGCAGGCCCAAAGUCAAACAUGUAUGACAAAACUGCAGCUAACCAUUGGAGACAACUGCUCAGUGAAAGUCUGCAUGAAAUUAGAGAAAUUAGUUUUUGAGUAAACCCUGGAAUCAAAGGGAAACUUUAAACCAGUAAAGACAAGGGGAGUGACUAAAACAGCCUCUGGUGAGAGGUAUGGUUUACUCAAAUCAAAUAACUUUCCCUGAUGUGGUCAAAGAGUCAGCCAGUUGACUGCCAAACUCAGCACAUCCCUUGUGAAGUUAACAUGACAUGUACUAUUAUCCCUAGCUUUUAUUUUUACCAUAUGGGGAAACUGAGGCCUAGAGCUGGGAAGUGAUAACACCGAAUCAUAGAAUUUGAAAGUAAGAAAGGACCUAAAUGGGCAUCCAACCCAACCCAUACAUUAGAGGAAUCCUAUCUAUCCCAUGCCCAAGAUCACACAGCUGGGAUGUCCUAAAACUAGGAUUUCAACCCGUGUCUGUUCAUUUUAAGCAGAGGCAUUCUCUCUACAUUGUCUAUGCCUGGGAGUCAGGAGACUUAAGAGCUGGUCUCAGCUGUGCUCACAACUCUCCAUGUGGUUUUGGCCAAGUUAUUUCUUCUUUCUGGGAAUUAGUUCCUUCCUCUAUUUUUUUUUAUUUCAAUUUUCUUUUGAGUUUUAAAAAUGAGCCUUUUACGGUUACUAAGCAUGGUGUUGAAGAUUUGCGUAGAAAGAGCUGACUUAUCUCCAGUUUUUAAAAUGAGAGUCAGACUAGGUGAUCUUGAAGUUCACUUUCAGCACCAAGAUUGCAAACCUAUCCCUCUAUUACACGGACACAUGUAAUGGUCCGAUGAGGGAAGGGAAGUCUGAGCCAAAGGAUCCCUGGUCAGCAUGGAUCACAGAGCCACAGAAUCUGAAAGCUUGAAGAAAUCUCAGCCUCCAUCUGUUCUAGUCCAUACACCAAAGGAAUCCCAUCAUAACACACUGGGAAGGGCGCAACUAGAUGGCACAGUGGAUAAAACACUGGCCCUGGAUUCAGGAGGAUCUGAGUUCAAAUCUGGCCUCAGACACUUGACACUUACUAGCUGUGUGACCCUAGGCAAGU